AUUUCAUCUUUGGUACACUGUACUAACAGAUGGUGCAAUGAAGGCUUUUAAAGAAGAGGAAGUUAUUUGCAUUUGCUUGAAAUGAAUGCCUUGAAAGGGAAGUUAUCAUAAAACCAGGUGGGACAAUCCGCCAAAACAUAGUUUCAGUCCUGAUAUCUCAACAUAAAUCUAAAGGGGAGGGCUGAUUCUACAGCAGACUGUAGCUGCAGGUACAGUGAAGGCGACUCAGCUCUCUGGAUUGUAAACUAAAGUUUACCGUGGAAACUUCAGGGCAUUUUUUUUGUGGUUUAAUGGCUCUCCUUACCAAUGUCACCAUCCUGCUGGUCCUGGCUUGCAUUUCCCAUCAGUUGGUGUUAAGCGGCUGCCAAAGGAGCCAAGGACGGAGGGGACGAGGAGUGGACAGAGGACAACACAAGGACAGGCCAGGGCUGACAGUGGGCCGCCGUACAAAAUCUGUCUCUGCACAACCCAUUAAGGGCAAAAUGGUUACCAAAGACAAGUCCCAGUGCACCUGGGCAGCAAUAGGUGAGGACCUCUUCAUCCUUGGUGUCACCUGCAAGAAGGGGGACAGGAGCUUCAGCUGUGAAUAUUUCGCCAGACCAGCUGUCUGUCCCCAGUACGAUUCCAAUGUCAAACUUUACUGGAAGCAAAUUGCCAGAGCGCUGAAGAAGCAAAAGAGUUUGUGCCAGGACAGUAGUGCAUUGGUCAGGGCAGGUAUGUGCAAAAGAGCUGCCAGAGAUGCUCAUUUCAGACUCCAUAAUCCUCAAAGGAAGACUGACCCGCCUUCCAAUCCACAACCAGCACCCAGAGCUAUGAAAUCCUGUAAACCUGGUAACAAGAAGCUGGCUGAGGAGCACUGCAACGACUCCUGGUCAAGUUUUUGCACAUUCUUUUUUACUAUGGUGCAGGAUUAUGAUUGCUGAGACAAAAAAAUAAUAAUCAGCUCUAUAUGCAGUCAUAUCAAUACUUCUUUCUAGUAUUUCUCCGCAUUGUUGAAAGGGAUUGUAUCCCUCAAUUAUACACUUUUUUCUAUGUAUUCCUUAAUGAUUGUGGUAUGACUGUCAAUUUAGGAGACAUUUAAUUGCUUUUUAAGAAAAUACUUGGUUGUUUCCUCUUGUAGCAUAACAUAAUGUAAGCACAUACGGCUUCUCAAUGUUUGUGUCUUUUCACAUCUUAAUUUAAAUUUCAUUAAACUAAUUUGUUUUCCAUC